AGAGAAAGAAAGCUGGCCUGAAUUUUGUUGAAAUACCAGAGAAGAGAAAUUAAGUGGACAGUAGACAAGGUUUUUCCAGUUUGCAUAAUAUUUCCUUCAUGGAUACUUUUUCAUAGCAUUAUUUUGAGAUGUGAGAAGUUUUUUUUUUUUUUUGAAGUAACAUGGAUUUUAUACUACAGAAUCAAGAGCAUUGGCUUUAUAGGAAAAAUUGAUUUAUAAAAAGUUGUACAGGUUUUUAUAGAUAACCAUGACAACUUCCCAUUUGAAUGGGCAUGUUACAGAGGAAUCAGACAGCGAAGUAAAAAAUGUUGAUCUUGCAUCACCAGAGGAACAUCAGAAGCACCGAGAGAUGGCUGUUGACUGCCCUGGAGAUUUGGGCACCAGGAUGAUGCCAGUACGUCGAAGCGCACAGUUGGAGCGUAUUCGGCAGCAACAGGAGGAUAUGAGGCGUAGGCGAGAGGAAGAAGGGAAAAAGCAAGAACUUGAUCUUAAUUCUUCCAUGAGACUUAAGAAACUAGCCCAAAUUCCUCCAAAGACUGGAAUAGAUAACCCUAUAUUUGACACAGAGGAAGGAAUUGUCUUAGAAAGUCCUCAUUAUGCUGUGAAAAUAUUAGAAGUGGAAGACUUGUUUUCCUCACUUAAACAUAUCCAACAUACUUUAGUAGAUUCUCAGAGCCAGGAAGAUAUAUCACUGCUUUUACAACUUGUACAAAAUAAAGAUUUCCAGAAUGCAUUUAAGAUACACAACGCUGUCACAGUACACAUGAACAAAGCCAGUCCUCCAUUUCCACUUAUCUCCAAUGCACAAGAUCUUGCACAAGAGGUACAAUCUGUUUUGAAGCCAAUCCAUCAGAAGGAUGGACAAGAAUUAACUACUUUGCUGAAUGCUCCACAUAUUCAGGCACUUUUACUGGCCCAUGACAAGGUUGCUGAGCAGGAAAUGCAGCUAGAGCCCAUUACAGAUGAAAGAGUUUACGAAAGCAUUGGCCAGUACGGAGGAGAAACUGUAAAAAUAGUUCGUAUAGAAAAGGCACGUGAUAUUCCAUUGGGUGCUACAGUUCGUAAUGAAAUGGAUUCUGUCAUCAUUAGCCGGAUAGUAAAAGGAGGUGCAGCAGAGAAAAGUGGUCUGUUACAUGAAGGAGAUGAAGUUUUGGAGAUUAAUGGCAUUGAAAUUCGGGGGAAAGAUGUCAAUGAAGUUUUUGACUUAUUGUCUGAUAUGCAUGGUACUUUGACAUUUGUUCUGAUUCCCAGUCAACAAAUCAAGCCUCCUCCUGCCAAGGAAACAGUAAUCCAUGUAAAAGCUCAUUUUGAUUAUGACCCAUCAGAUGACCCUUAUGUUCCUUGUCGAGAAUUAGGUCUGUCUUUUCAAAAGGGGGAUAUACUUCAUGUGAUCAGCCAAGAAGAUCCAAACUGGUGGCAGGCCUACAGGGAAGGAGAUGAAGAUAAUCAGCCUCUGGCUGGGCUUGUUCCAGGGAAAAGCUUUCAACAACAAAGGGAAGCCAUGAAGCAAACCAUAGAAGAAGAUAAAGAACCAGAAAAAUCAGGGAAACUAUGGUGUGCAAAGAAGAAUAAAAAGAAAAGGAAAAAGGUUUUAUACAAUGCCAAUAAAAAUGAUGAUUAUGACAAUGAGGAGAUCUUAACUUAUGAGGAAAUGUCGCUUUAUCAUCAGCCAGCAAAUAGGAAAAGACCUAUCAUCUUGAUUGGUCCACAGAACUGUGGACAGAAUGAAUUGCGCCAGAGGCUCAUGAACAAAGAAAAGGACCGCUUUGCAUCUGCAGUUCCUCAUACAACUCGGAGUAGGCGAGACCACGAAGUUGCUGGUAGAGAUUACCACUUUGUUUCUCGACAAGCAUUUGAGGCAGAUGUAGCAGCGGGAAAGUUCAUUGAACAUGGUGAAUUUGAGAAAAAUUUAUAUGGAACUAGUAUAGAUUCUGUCCGGCAAGUGAUCAACUCUGGCAAAAUAUGUCUUUUAAGUCUUCGUACACAGUCAUUGAAGGCUCUCCGGAAUUCAGAUUUGAAACCAUAUAUUAUCUUCAUUGCACCCCCUUCACAAGAAAGACUUCGGGCAUUAUUAGCCAAAGAAGGCAAGAAUCCAAAGCCUGAGGAGUUGAGAGAAAUCAUUGAGAAGACCAGAGAAAUGGAGCAGAACAAUGGCCACUACUUUGAUACAGCAAUUGUGAAUUCAGAUCUUGACAAAGCCUAUCAGGAAUUGCUUAGGUUAAUUAACAAACUUGAUACUGAACCUCAGUGGGUGCCAUCAACUUGGCUGAGAUGAAAGAAACAUUCAUUUUAUGGCAUGAUUGGACCUCAUCUGGUAAACUGCCAAUAGGAAGAUAGCCCUGAUACUUGAGCAAGAUGGAACAUAAGGUGGAAGGCAGCAGUAUCAGCUGUGACCCCUUAGCUC